AUGAAGUUCUUCCUCCUCAGUGCCAUUGCCCUAUUUGCGUCGGCGACCACCGCCCAAACCAACAACACCUUCACGGUUUUCGACGACCGCGCUCGAACGUUGAUUGAGGAGGAUGAAUUUCUCUUGUUUUUCCAAAAUGCCAAGGUAAACCGCGCUUGCCACGAACAAAACGCCAACUACAUCUCGUCCCUCAAGGCCGGACAGUACUCGACCAGUGCGUUCUACAACUGCUUCCGCACCCUCGAUCAAAUCAACGAGUUCAUCGAUACCUUGGUCGCCCAAAACUCGAACUUGGUGAGCAAGUUUGCCAUCUCUAAGACGUACAAGGGGGCCACGAUUUACGGGUACAAGCUGACCAAAGGCCACUCGAAAUCGCUGUACUUUCAAGCCCUGCAACAUGCCCGCGAAUGGGUCGCGGGGUCAUCGAUUCUGUUUUCGUUCUCAUCGAUUCUGGAUGACAUUGCCAACAAGAAACCCACGGCGGCCGACGAGUACGACUUGUACUUUGUGCCGGUCGUCAACAUUGACGGCUAUGAGAUGUCGUGGAAGGACGGCUAUCGAAGCAAGCGCACGAAUGCCAACGAAGUCGACUUGAACCGCAACUGGCCGACUCCCUUCGAGAACCCCAACCCCCCUGUCAAAGGCGACGGGACGUACCCCGGACUUAAGCCGUUCAGUGAGCCUGAAGCCGCGGGCAUCAAUGAAUGGCUCCUAUCCAAGCGUGAUGAAAUCCAAGGUUUCCUCGACAUUCACGCAUGGGGGGGGCUCAUCUUGUACCCAUAUGGGGACAAUAACCAGACCAUUGGCGGGGGGUUUGACGAGAAGUUCCAAGACCUCGGUCGUGGAUUGAAAAACGCCAUGGGGGAGUACGCACCUGGACCGUCGUACACAUUGUACGCGUCGUAUGGGUUGUUCAAAGAUUAUGCGUUCCGCGAGUUCAAGAAGGCCGCCGUGACGAUUGAAGUUAUCGGCGAUACAUAUAUCGCGAAAGCGUCGACCAUCCCAACACGCGGUCUCGAAGUAUACAAAGGCAUAAACCAAUUCGCAAAGGAAGUCACCGUGUUCAACGGUGAAGACGUCACCCCCAACAAGCCGUCCCAUGGCGAUUAG